AUGCAUAAGCGAGCAAAGGAGCACGCAGGACGGCCACGUCCGACAGCCUCGCAUCGCCCUGCUGGUGCCUCUUCCAGGCCUGAUGGCUUCAGCACCUUCCUGACGGCUCCUGUGAAGGCGUCUGGCGGGCCGCCGUGCGCGGGGCCCCGCUCCCUGCUCAGCAGUGUCACAUUUCUACUGCCAAGUAUACUUCCUCAGCCAGUGAGGGCUCUCACAUAUUGUAGCUUAAAGAAAGGAAAGAGGAAAACUGUGAAAGCUGUGGUUGAUAGGUUUCUCCGACUGCACAAUGGUCUUUGGGUGAGGAGAAAGGCUGGCUACAAGAAAAAACUGUGGAAAAAGUCAGCUGCCCAGAAAAAGCGCUUGAGAGAACUGGUGUUGUGCAACAGAACACAAUGUAAACUCUUAGAUAAAAUGACCACUUCUUUCUGGAGGAGAAGAAAUUGGUACGUUGAUGAUCCCUACCAGAAGUAUCAUGAUCGCACAAAUCUUCGUCUGUAGUAAUCUUUUGUUCCGUUUUUGCCUCUCUCUAGAAAACAGGUGAUGUUAGAUGGGGUAUGUCUCCAUUAUCUAUUUCCAAAGAUAAAUCUGUAAUGCCUGUUAAUUUUACGAAUAAAUAUGCCUAUUUCAUCUGGUCAAAAUUAUGAGUAUCAAUGGCCAAAAUAAAGGAAUGUUCAAGA